AUGGUGGAAAUCUGUGAUCACAGUGCUACAGUGAGUGUGACUGGUGUGCCUAGAUUGAAUAUAUCUGGUAGAGGUAGAGGUAGAGGAGCUAGAGACACCAAUGACCUCAUGAAACGCAUGGCUCAGAUUCUGGAAGCCAUAGUACACAAUCAAGGUGGAGAGUCAGCUGAGUAUAGAGGGUUAUCUGCCUUCACUAGGCAUGAUCCUCCAAAGUUUGAGGGUGGAUUCAACCCCGAAGGAGCCCAAAGGUGGGCGGCUAAUGUGGAGAAAAUCUUCAAUGCAAUGGGGUGCUGUGAAGAGAACAAGAUCCUGCCACAAGAGGAUGACUACAUCCAGUGGGAGACAUUCAAGACCAUAUUCCUGGGAAACUACUUUCCCCGGGACCUAAGGAAGCAGAAAGCUAGAGAGUUCCUUGAACUGAAGCAAGGAAGUAUAACUGUGGGAGAGUAUGUGGCUAAGUUCCAAGAGCUGAUGAAGUACUGGCCUCAUUAUCAGCAUGGUGAUGGAGAGGAGGAUCUGUGUGCUCAGUUUGAGCAUGGAUUAAGGCCAGACAUCCGAGCUGCGGUCAGUGUGUUUCAACUGACAGACUUGCCCACUCUGUUGAGCAAGAACAGGAUUUUCGAAGCUAACUCAAAAGGGAAGACGGUGGACACUAGGGGAGCCGACCCAGUGAGGCAAGAUAAGAGACCCCCUAGGUUCUCAAAGGGGCCGUAUUUAGGUUCAAAUAGCUCUCAGUCUUCAAGAAGUUCAUCUCAAGAGAAGAGCAGUGGGAGUGGUUCAGGGUUAAGUUCUUUCAAAGGACCGCUCAUAUGCUUCAGGUGUGGAGGGCCACACAUGGUGAAAGACUGCCCACAGCCGAGGAUAACUUGCAACAACUAUGGGAAGUCGGGGCACAUUGCCAAUAAGUGUUGGGCCGCUAAGAGAAGCGGUAGUUCAAGUGCAACUCAGAGGCCAAAAUCAAAAGGAAGUACAGAGUCAAGUACGGGGCAGAAGCUGAGCAUCUUCACAGUCAAAAGAGCUGAUCUGAGUCUGAAAUUGCAUGUGACGGAAUUGCCGUAUAAUGUUGUGGUGACUACCCCUACGGGAAUGGAUUGGCUUGUUGCCAACCAUGUGUUGCUGGACUGUAGGGAGAAGACCUUGAUCUUUGGUGCGACAAUGGCCAAGGUUCUAAGGCUUAUGAGCCAGGGAGCAUGGGAGAACACGGUGAGCACCAAGGCUUUCAUGGUUAUGUUCUCAAUAGAAACCAAAAGUGUGGUGGAGCUAGAGUAUAUUCCAGUGGUAAGUGAUUUCUUGGAAGUUUUUUCCGAAGAGGUUUCUGAGCUACCGCCUGAGAGGGAAAUAGAGUUUACUAUUGACCUCAUUCUGGGGGCAAGUUCAAUUUUCGUGGCACUUUACAGGAUGUCACCAGUGGAGUUGGCAGAGGUCAAGAAGCAAGUAGAAGACCUAUUGUAG